AGCCUGCCCACGAGGUCAAUAAAUAUUGCCCUCCUUAUACUCCUCAAGCCAGUGAUGUGGAAACAAUAUGGAGCUUUCACAAACCAUUCAUGGCCAUGGGCUUCUCAUUGCAUCUUUGCUCUUACUAAUUAACUUUUGUUUAGCUUCUUCUUCACUGCCUCAAGGAAACAGACUCCCCUACAUGACUUCAGAUGUCGAAGAAGUUUCAGGUAAAUCUUUCGAUUACAUUGUUGUUGGGGGAGGCACUGCUGGCUGCGCCCUAGCUGCAACGUUGUCUGAGAAAUUCUCGGUGCUAUUGGUAGAACGAGGUGGCUCACCAUAUGGAAACCCCUUAGUAUUGGAUAAAAGGUACUAUGGGUUUGCAUUGAUCGAAACUGAUGAAUACACAUCAGUUGCACAAAGCUUCGUCUCCAAGGAUGGUGUCAUGAAUCAAAGAGGAAGAGUUCUUGGAGGUUCAUCAGCUAUAAAUUUUGGGUUCUAUAGUAGAGCAAGUGAGUAUUUUAUUCAAAAAGUCGGGUUGGAGAAGGAACUUGUUAAGGAUGCUUAUGAAUGGGUGGAAUCUAGAAUUGUCUCUAAACCUGAGUUGACCCAGUGGCAGAUUGUUGCAGAAUUUGGCCUUCUUGAAGCAGGAAUUCUACCUUACAAUGGUUUUAGUUUGGAACAUAUCGAGGGAACAAAGGUGGGUGCAACUGUUUUUGAUGAAAAUGGAAUGAGACACACCUCAGCUGAUCUUUUGGAGGCAGGAAAUCCAGAAAAUAUCACAGUUCUUUUGAAUGCAACAGUAAAGAAUGUCAUCUUCUAUAAUGAAAACAGGAAUGAGAGUAGAGCUUGGGGUAUAAGGUUUAUCAAGAGCAAUGGUAGCCCUGAUCAAAAUCAUGAAGUAUAUCUCAACCAACCUGAAUGUUCCAGUUCUUGGGGAGAGGUGAUAUUAUCAGCAGGGGCUUUAGGCAGCCCCCAAAUUUUAUUGUUAAGUGGCCUUGGACCUCAAGCACACCUCAGGGAGUUCAAUAUCCCAAUUGUGCUUGACUUAGAGGGUGUUGGACAAAGAAUGCAAGACAACCCUGGCAUUGCCCUCUUAGUGGACAAUAAGCCAAAAAAUCAGCUACCAGACACACCCCAAGUUGUUGGUAUAGCAGAUAACUUCAAGUUCAUAGUUGAAGCAGGAAUCGUACCUGUAAGCUUGAAUGCAACAAGAAUGACAGUUGCUGCCAAACUUGCAUUCCCAGCAUCAAAAGGAAAGCUUGAAUUGAAUAGCACAGACCCCAGGGAAAAUCCAUCAGUGCAGUUCAACUAUCUAGCAAAGGAAAAGGACAUGGAUGAAUGUGUAAAGAUGAGCCAACUGCUUGAAAGAGUUGCAAGGUCUCAAUCAAUUGCUAUGUUUGUGGGGGUGGAACACAAAAGCGAGCUCAUGUCUAGUGAAGAUGAGCUGAGAAAAUCUUGCAAGAAAAAUGUGAGGACCUUUUAUCACUACCAUGGUGGUUGUACAGUUGGAUCAGUUGUGGACAAGGAUUACAAGGUGUAUGGGGUCGAGGGAUUGAGAGUAGUGGAUGGCUCAACAUUCCUGGAAUCACCAGGCACAAAUCCAAUGGCCACUCUCUUAAUGUUAGGAAGAUACCAAGGGAUCAAGAUUCUCAAAGAAAAAUCAGAUGCUGGUCCAUUUAAUACCCAGCAACAAAGGCCAUAAGAAAUUCUGAUUCAGUAUGUAUCAGCUGACUAAAAGUAAGAAUGUGAAAACAAAUAUUGAAAUAAAAUAUUUCAGUUCUUGUAAUCAA